AGCAGAAGCCCAAAACGUUUUUAAAAAAGCCUAGGUUUUAUUGAAAGUCCACUAUUUGCUACGAAGUUAGGGUUCAUAAGCCCUCUUUAUUUCUUCCCAUUCCCCUUCGUCUUCAUCAUUCUUGCGCCGUCUAUCCUCUGCUUCUACUCUCAGCCAUGGCGGUUCCUAAGCUUGAAAAGAAGAUUGUCAAGAAGAGAGUAAAGCAGUUCAAACGGCCACAGCAUGACAGAAGGAUGUGCGUCAAGACUAACUGGCGUAGGCCCAAGGGUAUUGAUUCAAGGGUGAGAAGAAAGUUCAAGGGAGUCACUCUAAUGCCCAACAUUGGUUACGGCUCAGACAAGAAGACUCGUCACUAUCUUCCCAACGGUUUCAAGAAGUUUGUUGUUAACAAUGUUAGUGAGUUGGAACUCCUAAUGAUGCAUAACAGGACAUAUUGUGCUGAGAUUGCUCACAAUAUUUCAACCAAAAAGAGAAAGGAUAUCGUUGAGCGUGCUGCACAACUAGACAUAGUUGUCAUUAACAAGCUUGCUCGGCUUCGUAGCCAGGAGGAUGAGUGAUUCUUUUGUCAAAUUUCAUGUGGUUGGCUAUGUUGUGGACCUGUUGAGUAAAAAAAUGGAUUUAGAUCUUUUUAGAGACCUUCAAUGUCUUAACUGUUAUGUUCAAUUUGUAUUAUGUUGGCAAGUUGCUCACAAUUUUGAAAACUGGAGUUGAUGUUAUACGACUUCUUUAUCAGUCUAUUUUCAGCCUUUCAGGCAUUAACUAA